AUGGCAUGGGUUCGUGAAGUAUGUAAAAGAAUUGGAAUGGUGUUAAUGAUUGGGGGUUCGAGUGACGGGGAUAGAGGACGUAGGACACCGUAUGUGAUUGUUCGUUGUGAGCGUGGGGGCCAUUAUGUUGGCAAGAAGGUACCAGGUGAAGAUGAUCAAAGACCGGGAAAAAGGAGCACCGGUUCAAAGAAAUGCAAUUGUCCGUUUAAAUUGAAGGGGACAAGGGAACACAAGGAUGAUGAAAAGGCUGAGUGGAAAUUGGAUGUUAGUUGUGGUAUUCACAACCACAACUUAUUCGAAAACUUGCACGGACACUCUUAUGCCGGAAGAUUAUCAAAGGAGGAUGUUUCCUUUGUUCACACUAUGAAGAAAGCAAUGGUGAAACCAAGGGAAAUUCUAAGAGCAUUGAAGCAAAAGGACCCGUCUAAUGUAACUGGUAUGAAGACAGUUUACAAUACUAUCUCUAAGUUAAAUUUCAGUGAAUUGGAUGGGAGAUCUCAAUUGCAAUCAUUGUUUGUCAAGUUGAAAGAAGAUGAAUACCUCUCGUACCAUAGAUCGAACGAGUUGAAUGCGAUUACCGACUUGUUUUGGAUCCACCCGAAAUGCAUUAAGUUGGCACAGUCGUAUCCGUACGUAUUCGUCAUCGAUUGCACGUACAAGACCAAUCGUUACGGACUCCCAUUUCUUGAGAUUGUGGGUUUUACUUGUACCAACAAGACGUUCUCAAUUGCCUUUGCUUACUUGGACCACGAAAAGACGGAAAAUUUUGAAUGGGCGUUGCGUUGUUUGAAGGAGGCCAUGACCAGUUGUCCUCGGCCUAAUUGCAUUGUAACAGAUCGAGAUUUGGGUUUAAUGAAAGCAGUGGCCAAUGUGUAUCCAUCGAGUCAUCACUUGCUGUGUCGGUGGCAUGUGAACAAGAAUAUAGUGGCCAAUUGUAAGAAAUUGUUCCCAAAGGACAUCACCAAAUGGAAGCAAUUUCAGUCGAGUUUUUCGGCUCUUAUUGAAAGAAAUACCAUAGAGGAGUUCAAUGAGGAUUGGGAGGAUUUGAAAAGAACAUUUAUUGGUUAUCUCCCGGCUAUAGAGUAUGUAGCUAAUUCAUGGUUGGAUCCGUACAAGGAGAGACUUGUAUCGGUGUGGACAAAUAAGUAUACUCAUUUUGGAACGUACACUUCUAAUAGGGUGGAGGGGGCACACGGACGAAUGAAAAGGGAUGUGCGUAAUUCAACUGGCACAUUUGUGGAUUUGUAUACGAAAGUCCACAAUCAAAUUGUCGAACAACACAAUGACAUCAAGGCUUCCUUUGAAGUAAGUAAAAAUACUUACGAGCACACUUUCAAAACGUUGAUAUACAAUGAGCUUCGUGGAAGUAUCUCAAAAUACGCUCUACAACUACUCAAAGUUGAGGUGGACAAUGCGAAACUAUUGCAACCGAGCGAUAUGGGUUGUAGUUGCGCCAUCCGAACAACCCACAGUCUACCAUGUCGCCAUGAACUUCAUGAGUAUGUUGUUGUGAACAAAUGUCCUAUCCCACUUGAGUUAAUAGGCUCGUAUUGGAAACACAUGAGUAUGGAGCCCGCCGCGACCACAGGCCAAGUCAUCCUACCAACCAUCGACGAAGAAUUAUCGGAAUACCAGAAGCUCUUUGAAUCUUAUACCUGUACUGAUGAGAUUACGAGGGCAUUCGAAUGA